AUGGAGGCUUCACCACCUUCACCAAACGAUAAUGAACUCCCUAACGUCACCUACGAUCUUCAAGAUUUCCAAAUGCCGAUCGUUAUUUGUCUCUUGGGAGUAAUGUUCAUCAUCCUUUUCAUUCAAAUCUUCGACCGAUUUCACAACUGGCUCCGGUACGAAGCCAGCAUCGAUCAACUUGACAUCGAAUGGGGCCAAGUUGCCGAUUAUCAACUCGAAAAUUCCGAUUGGUCACAUGAAGCUAUGGCACAGAAUAAUUUCUGGAUGGUGGAGAUUUUCAACGGAUUCAUGGAGUAUUUGGCCGAAAGGCAAGGCACGGGGCUGACCCCGGAGUUCUUGGAGCAUGCUUCGCCAUGCGUGAGCUACAAAAGUUUGAGAGAAACAACGUUGGAUGAAUGUGUGAUUUGCUUGGAAGACUUCGAAGAUGAUGAAUUGUGUCGGGUUUUCCCUGUUUGCGAACAUGUUUUUCAUUUUAGUUGCAUAGAUAACUGGUUGAGAAAACAUUUAACUUGUCCGAUUUGUCGGAAUUGUAUAGUAGAUAGUAUGAGCAUGACAUUGAGAAUGUAA